CAACACCGCGCAGGAAUCCCGUAUUUCAGAAUAGAACCAACUAUAUGGAGACAUUGGACGAAACGGACUUUAGGACACGGUUCAGACUUACUAAAGAAGCCGUGAUGUUUGUUUAUUCAAUGAUUGAAGAAACAAUUUCUGCUCCUACAGAAAGAAAUCAUGUUAUAAUGCCGAUUACUCGUCUACUAUUGACUUUGAGAUAUUAUGCAACAGGAAGUUUUCUCACAGUAGUCGGUGAUUUCUCUGGUGUCAGCAAAGCUUCUGCCAGUCGCAUUGCCACCUUGAUUUCACAGGCUAUUGCACAGCUCCGUCCUGAGUUUAUCAAAUUUCCAACCGAUACUCAAGAAAUACAGCCAGAGUUUUACAACAUAGCUAAAUUUCCAAGACUCAUUGGCGCUAUUGAUUGUACCCAUGUUCCUAUAAAAUCUCCAGGUGGAGACAAUGCAGAAGAAUGGAGAGACAGAAAGUCACAGUUUUCUUUUAAUGUUCAAACUGUAGUGAGUGCAAAGUUGAAGAUUUUAGACAUAGUGGCUAGAUGGCCAGGAGCAGCACAUGACCAAACAAUUUUCAACAAUUCAUUCCUAAAACAAAGACUGAUAAAUGGAGAAUUUGGAAACCUUUUGAUUGUUGGUGAUAAAGGCUAUGAAAAUACUUCAUACCUUCUAACUCCACUCCAAAACCCCACGACUCCAGCAGAACAUCUAUAUAACGAAUCUCAAAUUCGAAGCAGAAAUGUGGUGGAAAGGACAUAUGGUGUUUGGAAAAACCGGUUCCCCAUUUUGUCAAAAAAGAUUUAACUUCAUGUAUCUCGUGUACAAGCCGUGAUAGUGGCAUGUGCGGUGUUGCACAAUAUUGCUAUUGAUAUGCGAGAUGAACAUUUUGAACUACUGCAACAAGUAGAUGAACCUGCUGAUGAUAUUGAUCAAAGCGCAAUUGACAACGUG